AUGCGGCCGGGGGAGAAGCGGCGGCCGGAGACGGAGAGUGACGCCUGCGAGCCGCGGCGCGCCGCGCUCCAUGGAGCAGCCCUGAGCCCCCGGCCCCGGCUCCCGGCCCCCGGCCCCGCUGCAGGGACCGUCUCCUCGUCCCCGGCCCGCCCUCUGGAUCCCUCCCGCUCCGAGCUGAGCCCAGCGGAGGGCAGCUACGCCUCGGGCCUUUGCCUCGGUGAGAGGACCCCCGUCUCCUCCCCGGAGCGAGCUGCUCCCCGGCACCCCUCGGCGUUCCUGGCAGCGGGACCCUCCUCUGCGGACUUUGCCCCGGCCGCCUAUGAGGCUGCGGGUGGCCCCGCCGGGAUGUUUCAACUCUGGAGCAACGAGGUGCCGGGCGGCUCCGGCCUGAGUGCCCACGCCAUGCCCUUCGGGCUGCACAAGGCGCAGUACCCUGGGCAUGGAACCCCGGGCACCCACGAGCUGCCCCUGACCCCACCGGCCGAGCACACCUACUCCUUCGAGCUGUCCCCGGUCAAGGUCCUGGCUCCCCAGGGGCCGCCCGGCUCCUCCUACCACUUCCCUGAGGCUCAGGACUUCCCCAGCUUCCUGCCGAGCUCUGGCGGCAUGGCCCCCCGGCCCCUGGGCCCCGGCCCCCCCAGUGCCCCAGCCGCCCCAGGGGGCCACGCGGAAGAUGCCCCCUGGUGGAGCCUGCAGCAGCCCACCCCGGGCAACCUGCCUGCCUUCCACCUGAGCCGGCCCCUGAUGCUGGGGCCACAGCCCCCGCUCCCAGCCCUGCUACACGGCUCCCCCAAGGGGCUGCUGGGCCCGGCCCGGCGCUGCCGGCGCUGCAAGUGCCCCAACUGCCAGGCGGGCGCCGAGGAGCCGGGCAAGAAGAAGCAGCACGUGUGCCACCUGCCGGGCUGCGGGAAGGUCUACGGCAAGACGUCCCACCUGAAGGCCCAUCUGCGCUGGCACGCGGGCGAGCGCCCCUUCGUCUGCACCUGGCUGUACUGCGGGAAGAGCUUCACCCGCUCGGACGAGCUGCAGCGCCACUUGCGGACUCACACGGGCGAGAAGCGCUUCGGCUGCCAGGGCUGCGGGAAGCGCUUCAUGCGCAGCGACCACCUGGCCAAGCACAUCAAGACCCAUCAGGGCAAGCGGCCCAAGGGGAGCGGGGCCCAGCUGGGGACCAUCAAGCAGGAGUGAGGGGGCUGCGGACGGCGGGGGUGGGGGGCACGGGGAGGGACGGCGCCGCUGCUAUUGGGGACAGACCUGCGGGGGAGGGAAACUGAGGCCCACGCUCCUGGCCCCGCAUACAAACACUCCACGUUGUGCGCACACACCUGGAGACAUGGCGGAGGCACGAGACAGAGCAGGUCCAGCCUGGGAUCUGCGGGAAAGAUCCCAAAUCCGGCCACUCAGGCUGGACUGUUCCAAAAUACCCCAGGUGGCCCUGAUCACGGGUGGACCCCAGCGUCUGCACGGUGCCGGGCGGGUUUUCCCCGGGCAGCCCGCGGCACAGCCAGGGCAAUGCAGCCGGGGCCAUCCCUCUCCACGGGAAACUUUGAGACAGAAGCCGAGAGACGGUUGGAGUUCGACAUUUCCCGACAGAAGACCCCCGCCUCGGGAAAGCUUUGGGCUGAAGAGACACU